AUGUUCAGCAGACGCGCCUUGCGGGCUUCCUCCAGCGUCGCGGGACGCCUGUCGGCUUCCAAAAACACCGCAUCACUUCCUCGCUCCCUCGCCACAGCAGCGGCGCCAGUGACCUCUGCGGACAAUGGCCACAAGGUUGUUGUAGUGGGCGCUGGCACUGCUGGUCUGGCCAUCAGUCAUCAACUUCUUCGGACGGGUCAAUUUUCGCCAGACGACAUUGCCAUUGUCGACCCUGCCGAGUGGCACCACUACCAGCCCGGCUGGACUCUUGUCGGUGGUGGCCUCAAGUCGAAGCAGGACCUCCGAAGACGCCUGUCCGAUCUCAUCGACCCCAAGCUGAAGUUCUACAACAACGGCGUGGGCUCAUUUUCUCCCGAGAGCAACUCUCUCACUCUACAGGAUGGCCGCACCCUGAGCUACGACCAGCUGGUUGUGGCCUCCGGUGUCAGCGUCGACUUUGGCAGCGUCAAGGGUCUUCCCGAGGCGCUCGCUAACCCAGACGCUCCCGUCUCAUCCAUCUACGGCUACGACAGCUGCGACAAGGUCUUCCCCUCUGUUCAGAAACUCCAGAAGGGCGCCGCCAUCUUCACACAACCCGCUGGCGUCAUCAAGUGCGCCGGCGCCCCCCAGAAGGUCAUGUGGCUCGCCCUCGACCACUGGAAGCAGGUUGGGCUCUACGACCCGAGCAACCCCCCUUCGUCCGCCAUCAAGAUCAGCUUCGCCAGCGGCCUCGGCGGCAUGUUCGCCGUGCCCAAGUACGCCGCGGCGCUCGAGGCCCUCCGCCAGGAGAGGAACGUCGAGGGACUCUUCCUGCACGACCUCGUCGCCAUUGACGGCAACACAGCCACCUUUGCCCGCCCCGACGGCCAGGACCAGGUCAAGAAGCACUUUGACUUCCUGCACGUCACACCUAAGAUGGGCCCCCACGCCUUUGUCAAGGACAGCACGCUCGCCAAUGGCGCCGGCUACGUUGAUGUCGACGACGGCACGACCCAGCACAAGAAGUUCCCCAAUAUCUGGUCUGCCGGCGACGUCUCUAGCUUGCCAACGUCCAAAACGGCUGCCGCCAUUACGGCUGAGGCUCCCGUUCUGGUGCGCAAUCUGCUCCAGGUCACCGAGGGCAAGGCGCCCGACGCCAUCUACGACGGUUACACGUCAUGCCCUCUCACGACCGAAUACGGCAAGGUCCUGUUGGCUGAAUUCAAGUACGGCGGCCAGCCGAAGGAGACGUUUGGCGACCUCAUUGGCUUCGACCAGGCUAUCCCGCGUCGCGCUUUUUACCACCUCAAGAAGGACUUCUUCCCGUGGGUAUACUUCAACAACAUGGUCAACGGCACCUGGGGCGGGCCGAAAGGUUUCCUCAACUAA